AUGGUGUUAACUGUUGGAGACAGCACGGGUAUUGUUACUGUGCUUUGUUGGGACCGUGUUGCGAAAGAUAUGAUUGGGAAGUCUUGCAAGGAACUACGUAUGGAGAUGAUAGAGAUUGGAGAUGGGUCAACAUUGCCAACCGACUUAGAGGAUUUGGAAUCUUCCUCGGAAGGCGAAGUCAGCACUCCAAUUAAAAAGAUAAAGGAUGGCCAUGAAGAUAUUACAAGCGAAAAACUGAAAAGAAAGUUGUUUGACAGCGACUCCAGCACUUCAAAGAAGAUCAAAGAAGAAGAUGAGAAAGUAAAAGGCUCCGGACAAAUGGUCCCAUUAAAUAAUUAG